AUGCAGGAGGAGGAGCGGCAUGUGCUGUUCGAGUUCGUCGUCAUCCUCAAGGGCGACCCACACGCCAUCCAGAGGUUGCCGGACACCUUCGCCGAUUUCGUCGCCGGCGACGGGUGCCCGGGCUCGCUGCAUCUGCGGGAGGUUGCCUGCGGCUGCUGUCGGUGGAUCCUCGACGUGAUCUACGACGUGCAUGGCAAGAUGUACCUCCACAUCAGUUGGGAGAAGUUCGUGCGCUACCACCGCCUCGAAGCCAACUUCGUGCUCAUGUUCUCCUACCUUGGCGAGAGGGACAUGAGCGUCAAGGUGUUCGACGAGACGCGUUGCCGCCGGCACUACCACGGCGAAACCACCGAGGAGGACGACAAGUGA